CUCAGGCGGGAAAUCGGCCCGGUUUGUGUCCAGAGCUCUCCACAUGUGCGAUACCCGUAAGUCCAUUCCAUCUUGGCUCCAUAGCUUAAGAGUUCAUGAACAAUCCAAUGUCCGAAGGCACCGACAAGCAAGAAACCGUCACCGGAAGAUGCCACUGCCAAGCAGUCACAUACAGCUUUGCUUUUACCGGUCCAUUAGCAGCGUUUUACACUCAUGAGGCCUUCAUCAGACGUCAGACUGGAUUCCCUAUUAAUCUCUACAUUCCUAUGAACGCAGACUGCGACUUCCAGUUUCCAUCUGACUCACCAAAUCUACAAUCCUUCAAAUACGGCGAUAAGACAUCAUUCUUCUGUAAGACCUGCGGCACUACGCUUUUUUUCACUAAAAGAAGCUGGGAACCGCCCUGCAUAUUGGCACCGACGAUUGAUGUGCUCUCUGGAAAACAAUUAAGCGACUACGUCUAUAUCCAAGCACACAUACAUCUAAGCGAGGCGGGAGGAGAAGUUGGUGGGAUUGCGGACAUUAUUGAGGACGGGUUGCCGCAUUAUAUGGAAGACGCGGGAAAAUAUCUCGACAGUGAGACGAUAGCUAUGGUAGAGCGACCGGUGGUGGAUGAGUCACAAGUGAUGAGCGAGCAUUGUCAGGGGGUCCCGGACGUUCUGGACGGCCGCUGCUGUUGUGGGGCACUUCGCUUCUCUAUCGCAAGGCCUCCAGAGGACUAUAGUAGUGAUCCCACUCUGCUGCGCUGGGUAAAACCAGGUGGGAAGUUUGCUGCUUCCUUUUGCUUCUGCACUUCCUGCAGGACCGUUUCUGGAGCCCCACUCUUCGGUUGGUGUUUUACACCGACAAAACAGCUCCGCAUAUAUCCACAGAGUACACCGAGGCUGUCAGUUUACAGAUCCAGUGAUAAAAGCACGCGCCGGUUUUGCGCUUCAUGUGGCGCUACCGCGUUCUUUGCUUUAGACUCUUUGAAUAAUGAGAUGUGGGACAUUGCCAUUGGGUUAUUGCCCCUGGGGAAGUUUAGGAGUGGGGACUGGUGUGUUUGGAAGUACGAUGGAGGGGAUCAGUUCGUUGACAGCUAUAUUCACGGAUGGAAGGACGGCACCAUGAGCUAUGAGCGUAAUGGAGAGGACUACUUCAGGGGCCUAGUCGAGCAGGUUAGAUUUGGUCGGAACCGUUCUGGGCUUGUAAACUAAGGCUAUUCAAGAGUUUUCGGGGGCGUU